AUGGACAGCAAGCGAAAAACUCCAACAAUCAGGUCAAGUAAUAAGCGUCCGCGCGUGUUGGCAGUGGAUACUUCUUGGUGCUUGAGAAACAAGGAGAGCCUGGAUGUCAUGUCUUUUGCAAAAGAAUUCGGCUAUACUGAUCAAGCUAAAUGCCAUGCCCGUUAUAAGGCCAUCAUUGAUAAUCAUAUUCCAUCAAAUGACAAGCUUCCUUUUGGCAAGUACUACAUUAGCAUCAGAAUGACCAACGCCUCCAACAUCGGAACCAGCUAUAUCAACACCAUCAGAAAUACCAACACCAACAUUAUCAGAACCAACUUCAGUUAUCAAUAA